GGAGGGGUGAGUCUCUGGUCCUUUCCCAGUGGGAGGGAUCGUGGUGGAAAGUUCUGAGCCAUUAUCUCAUCCUGAGACCUCCUCCCCCGCCCCCCCACACACUAUCCGAUGAGAGGGAGGCCGAGAAGGGGAGGCAGGAAAGGAGAGCGCACUGCUUUCACUUCUACUUUUGAAAUCUGUCAGAUGCUGGCCUGGGACUCAAACAAAGAAAGGGCAGAAGUUCGGCAGUCCGUUGCUCCGUCACCGCCACCCUUCCAAGGAACUUGUAACCUCUUCCCCUGUCUGGUUUCCUGAGCUGGAAUGGAGGAACCACACGAAUCUCUGGAAGAUGCUUUGUUGUUCGCCCUGGAUGACCUCUCCGGGGAAGAUUUCAAGAGGUUCAAGCAUAAACUCAGCUUUCCCUGCCUGGAGGAGAAGGAGCCCAUCCCCUGGGCCAAGUUAAAGGAUGCCCACACACUGGAUGUGUUGCAGCUUCUCCUGGAGGCCUACGGGGAUCAGGGCGCGCAAGACGCAAUGGUCAAAGUCCUCCGUGCCAUCAACAUGCGAGAUUCCGCCUCCCGACUCCAAAAAUGGAAGUAUAAUGAUCGCAGGAGGAAAUAUAAGAGGCACAUCCAAGAGGUUUUUCAAAAUCUUCCUCAACUCGGCCCUCACCCCAGUCGGAGGAUGUCCCUCCGAGAGGACUUUGUAGAACUUCUUCUGAAAAGGAGAGCAGAUCUGCCCACGAAAGGUCAUGAGGUGAUGGCUGUGGAAAGAAAGCACCAGGAGAUUAAGAACCAUCGAGAAGAUGGCCCGAAGGUUGAUCUGGAGAACUUAUUUCAUCCCCAUCCUGAAGGAGAAAACUCAAAAACUGUCCUGUUGCUUGGACCUUCUGGGGUAGGUAAAACCACAGCCACGUGGAAAUUCAUCUUGGACUGGGCAUCUGAUAAACUAUGGCCAACUAAGUUUGAUUACGCCUUUUAUAUCUCUUGCAACGCCCUCGGAUGUGGCACCCAGCUUAUGAGUGCAAUGGAGAUGAUCCUCAAUGGCUGUCCUCCAGGAAUGGUUUCCACGGAGGACGUUUUGGCCAACCAAGACAAGCUCCUCCUCAUCAUUGAUGGUCUCGAGGACUUGAAGCUCUCUGAUGUCCCAACAGAUAUGCUGGACAAGGAUCCCCAUCGAAAGGAAGAGGUGGUGAACCUGUUGAUGGGUCUGCUCAAGAAAAAGAUCCUCCCCAAGUGUCAUCUCCUGGUGACCACAAGGCCCAUGGGGGGUGGGAGCCCGCUGUUGAAGUGUCUGAGAUCACCACUCCUGGUAGAUGUGUUGGGCUUUGACCCUCUUCAGAGGAAGGAAUAUUUCCGCCACGUCUUUCAAAAUACGGAACAAGCCAACCAGAUCUUUGAACUGGUUCAAAGAAAUGAAACUCUUUUCAGGAUGUGCCUCCUCCCCGCAACCUGUUGGGUCAUUGGUUCCAUUUUCCAACAAAACCCACAGGCAGAACUCCUUCAAGAUAUCCCCGAAACUGCAACACUCACCGAAAUUCACCUGCGUCUCCUCUUGAGUUUUUUGGGUACCAAUUCCAGGCCACGUCACCUGGAAGAGCUGUGCUCUUUAGCAAAAGAUGGAAUUCUCCACGGAAGGUUGGUCUUCCGUGAAGAAGAGCUAAAGGAACGUGGCUUGGAUUAUUACUUGACUUCAGACUCUCCUUCUGCAAAUAGGAAAGUCUUCCACCAAGAUGUUCAGGUGGAAACCUUGUACAGGUUCACCCACCUGAGUUCCCAGGAAUUCUUUGCAGCCUUGUUCUACCUGCUGGACACGGAGGGGACCACUGGGGCACCUGACCGAGACCUGAGUGAGGUAUUUGGAGUUCGGAAGGAGCGCACCAGCAGGUACCUCGUGUUGAUCCGUUUUCUCUACGGCUUGUGCAACGUGGAAAGGAUGAGUGUCCUUCAAGAAUCGUGGUCCCUCAAACUAUCCAGGACUAAAGUUUGGCCAGAAUUGCUAAGGUGGGUGGAUCAGGAAGCCAAAACUCACCCCUUUAAAGGGGAAGAGGUUCUGCUGGAAUUGUGUCAUUGUAUUUAUGACAUGAAGGACUCCGUCUUUGCCCAGAGAGCAAUGAAGGACGUCCACAAUUUGGAUCUCAGAACACAACUUUUGACCAGGCUGGACUUCGAAGCUUUCUCGUUUUGCCUGUCAGCUGCUGAAACUUUGAAUUCGGUCCGUCUCUCUGGCUGUGAGUUUGGACCACAAAGAUUCCAACAACUUUUGCCAGGAUUCCUGAAAUCUUCAGAGAUCCAGCUGAACCGCUGUGGCCUCUCCCCCUCUGCCUGCAAAGCCCUGGCCCCCGUCGCCCGGACCAACGCCAGGCUGAGCAGUCUGGACUUGGGUGAAAACCCCCUGGAGGAUUCCGGGGUCUCCUCCUUGUGUGAAUGGCUGCUUCAGCCCACCUGCCCACUUCAGAGCCUCAGGCUGCCCUCCUGCAACCUCACAGCUGCCACCUGUCGGCCCCUUUCCCAAGUCCUGGAAUCCAGCUCUUCCCUCCUAGAACUAAACCUGGGGCUGAACUCCCUGGGCGACGGGGGAGCAAAGCUGCUGUGCCGAGGGCUGAAGUCCCCGUCUUCCCCGCUGCAGAGACUCAUCUUACACUCCUGCGGCCUGACCGCCGGUGCCUGUGGGGACCUGGCCUCCGUCUUGGAAACCAGCGAUAGCCUCUUGGAGCUGAACCUGGGGGAUAACAGCCUGGGAGAUGAAGGGGUCAGGCAGCUAUGCCAAGGAUUGAGACAAAGACACUGCAAGCUUCAAAAGUUAAUAAUUACAAUGGAAUCGUUCAACCGAAAUACGAAGGGGAAAUUGCAGGCAGCUUGUGCGAGGCAUCCUGGUUUAAUUCUGACUCCCUACUAUCCUCCAGAUUUCCCCCGCUUCCCAGGGACUGAAGAGUAAGGGUGGAGUCCCCCCCCCUGCUUUCCUUCUGCCCCUGAAGGGUUGGAAGCUUGGUGAGAUGGGUGGUAGGUGUGGAAACCUUCAAAGGCCAGAUCAGCUCACCUUUUGCAUUACUUACUGCAUCACAACCAUACAGCUGAUUCACCUGCCUGGCUAUGAGGUUCUGGUGGCCCUUUGGACUUAAGAGCAAGUGGAACCUGGCCAUGUGGAAGGUCUUCUCGACUGGAAGCCCCCAAGAGCAUGAACUCUCUCUUUCAAAACCCCCAACUAGCUUGUCAGAAGAACAUUUUGGUCCAGGAUUGAGCCAGGAUUCGCAUAAAAAUGAUACUAAAGUCACUGCUUGAAGAGGAAGAAGUUUAUUCAACAUUUAGAAUAGAAUUACAGAGUUGGAAAGGACCUUGGAGGUCUUCUAGCCCAACCCCCUGCCUAGGCAGGAAG